UCUUUUUAUUUAAAUAAUUUUAACAUUGAGCCAACGUUCUUAACUAAUUUGAAAAUCAACCCACAGCAGAUUGAUUUCUGUUACAAUAUUCUUCUGGUAAUCGCCAAGGCAACAGCAAACUCCCUAUAAAAUAGCCAUCCCCACAAUGGAAAUUCCUCAAAGUUCUGUGGCAGAAACGCAAGAAAAAUUCAAGCUCAAAACAACUGAAAUUAGCAAAGAUUUCGAUGAAUUUAUGGCAAAAGUCGCAAGAGUUGAAAAUGUACUCAAAGGUUUAAAUUCAAAAGAUGAACUUAAGCAAAAAAUAGCCAUGGAAAAAGCGGACUAUCUCUUGGGCAAUGAAGAUUUUGAUAAGGAUAUAGAUGAGGAUAAACUGUACUUAAAGACCAACCGAACUGUAAUAAAUCACAAGGCUUUCCAGAUAGAAGACAAUCCCGAUAACAUGUCCAAAGAGAUGUUUAUGAAGAGUGUUGAGGAAGACGCUAACAGAAGGGCUGCAGAAAGGAGAGAAAUGAAAGCAAUAUCAAACAGGCAUAAAACCGAAGGGAUUAAAGCAUUUCGGAAUCAAGACUACGUCAAGGCUCUCCACUCAUUCAAUGAGGCGAUAAAAUGUAUAAGAGACAGUCCUCUCCUUUACAACAAUCGUUGUUUGACAUAUCUAAAACUAGGAUUGCCAAAAAAUGCACUCGAGGACACAAGACAUGCGCUCCGACUCAAUGAAAACAGUAUCAAAGCACAUGUGUACAAAGCCGAAGCUUUAUACAAGAUUGGAGAAAAAUCAGAAUCUGAUCGAGUGAUUAAAGAAGCUUGUGACAAAUUCCCUAAUCAAGUCAAAUUUUUAAAAGAAACUCAAAGAUCAUGGCAAUAGAAAAACAAAUUUUAGUCCACCUCUUUCUUCUCAGUCAGUGCUCUUGGAUUGUGAAAAAAUACAUCGAAGUGAAUGCACUACAAAUUUAAUUAUUUAUUUAAAAUUAAAAUCCCAAAUAUAAAUUUUGAAAACUGA